AAAAAAAAAAAAAUUCCCUUUCCAUUGUUUAAAUUUUUGAAUAUAUCCAUUAUUAGUAAUUUUUUCAUUUUUCUCUAUUUUCCGUUCUCCAUUUUUAUUUUUCCUUUAUUAUAAAUAUAAAUAAAGGGAUAAAUAAAAAAAUGAUCAACAUUUAAAAUAUUUUAAAUAUAGUAGAAAUAUUCCCACUUUUAUUUUUUUUUUCGCGUUCUUUAAAAAAACACGUAUCAUAGAUUUAUUUUAUUCUUUUAUUCUUUUAUUAACAAUUUUUUAUCAAAUUUUACCCUUUCGUUCCUCUUUUAUAAAAUAAUAAUAGAAAAAUGUCUAACAAACCAACUUCCGCGGAAUUAGAUCAAGCGAAACAAAUAUAUAAUGACAUUAAUGAUUACUUAGAAUGUUUAGCAAAUAUAAUACAAACUCAAGUACAAGAAGAUUCUGAAGAUUCCGAAGAUUCUGAAUAUGAAGAAUAUUCUCCCAAAGUUUCACAAUUUUUGAACGAUUAUAAGGAUUAUAUUUCUUCACUGCCUCAAGUUCAUAAACAACUAGUCAAUCAUGAUGAUUCCUCCUCAACUUCUUUUACAAGUUCAAAGUUACGUAACCGAUUUUGGAGCUAUCAAACAUUACAAUUACUUCCUCCUAAUUUACUCGGCGAUCUUAAAAAAUUAUGCGAAGCUGAACUUGUUCGCGACGUACAAGUCUCCCCAUCAUUUUCCACUUCUCUUCCCACACUUGACAACUCUAACGGUAACAACGAAAAAUUACUUACUAAUGAAGCUAGUCCUUCCGUUACGUUAUUGAAGGCUCAAUUAGAUAAAUACACAAAAGAACAAGAAAAGAACCGUAUUAUUAUUCGUAUGCCAAAUUACUCUUUUGAUGAACCUAUUGAAGAAAAGAAAGUUGUUUUUGUUGUUAAAAAAUCAACUGCUCUUAUUGCCGCUCCUCCAACUGUUGUUGUUGAAUCACCAAAAGAACCAGAGCCAAUUAAAGGAGAAAUUGAAGAAAAGAAUUCAAUUAUUGAUGAAAAAUCUGAAAUUGUUGAAGUUUCCGAAAAAGUUUUAUCAGAAAAGAAACCCAGAAAGAUUGCAAUCGAUUUUGAAUUUCUUAAUAAUUUCGUUUCUUUAACGAAAUUUGGUUUCUCUGGAUCACAACUUUCUACGCUAAUUUGGACAUGAACGAUAUAGCGAAUAUAUAUAAGAUAAACGACACCUUGUAUUUUUUAUAUGAUCUUUACACUUUACAGUAAACCCAUUCUAAAAAAACAUUUUAAACCAACAAAUUAAUAAUGUGUAAUAUAAUUAAUUUUUUUUUUCAUGCAUUCUUCAACAUAUUUGUAUUAUUAUUAUCGAAUCAUUUAUUUUGUCAAAUAUAUUAAUACGAGUCGUGUUUCAAUUUUUGGAACUAUACUCUUUUUAUUUCAAA